CUUUCCUUUUUUUAAUCCUUUUUUGUCACCCAGUUGACGUGAGCGCAGCAGCCCUGCCCGCGCCGGUGCCCCCCACGGCCACAACGAUCCUCCCUAUGGACCUGCGGAUGGUUGACCACCACCACCACCACCAACAGACCCCCUACGGUUUAGUCCCCCAGCCACACCCUGCGCCGCCCACCUCCACCGCUUGCCCCACAUCAAAUGAGCCGAGCAAUGGGCCGUGCAUUAGCCACCAAGAGCAGCAGCUGCAGCACGAGCUGGUGGCUCUCAAACACAAACAGCAGCUCCAGAGGCAGUUACUCAUUGCUGAGUUUCAGAGGCAGCAUGAACAGCUGUCCAGACAACACGAAGCCCAGCUUCAUGAUCACAUCCAG